AUGCAGAACGUCAUAAACACAGUGAAGGGCACAGCUCUCGGUGUGGCGGAGUUUCUCACCCCAGUGUUGAAGGAGUCAAAGUUCAAAGAGACCGGGGUGAUUACACCAGAAGAGCAGCUGGAGAUCAUCUGGUCCAUCACUGCCCUACAUGGAAAUGUCCCGUGUUACAAGCGUUGCAAACAGAUGGAGUACUCGGACGAGCUGGAGGCCAUCAUAGAGGAAGACGACGGAGACGGCGGUUGGGUGGACACUUACCACAACUCAGGUGCGCUAGGAGUCACAGAUGCCGUACGAGACAUUUCGCUGGACAACAACAGGCCAAAACCCGCUAACGGCUCCCUUUUCGAACGGGACUCCUCCAAGGACAAGAACAUGAAUGCCACAUCGGCGGCCCGCCGCAACGACGACGACGAGGAUGAAGACGAGGAGGGCGAAGCAGCUGACAUGGAGGAAUACGAGGAGAGCGGUUUGCUGGAAACGGACGAGGCAACUUUGGACACUAGUAAAAUGGUAGAGAGCAACGCCAAAGCAGAACCCGGGAGCGAAGACGCCAUCCUCCAGACCAGAACAUACGACCUGUACAUCACCUACGACAAAUACUACCAGACCCCUCGACUGUGGCUCUUCGGCUACGACGAAGACAGGCAGCCGCUAACUGUGGAGCAGAUGUACGAGGACAUCAGCCAGGACCACGUGAAGAAGACCGUCACCAUCGAGAACCACCCCCACCUCCCCCCACCCGCAAUGUGCUCCGUCCACCCGUGCAGGCAUGCAGAGGUGAUGAAAAAGAUCAUUGAGACCGUGGCAGAAGGUGGCGGAGAGCUCGGAGUGCACAUGUAUCCUUUAAUGGCAAUAAUGGAGACCACAACAAAUCCUGUUUAUAACGAAGCCAAAAUCAGAGAAGAAGCAAAAGGAUUCGUGGAGGUCGCUCCCACCGGGUCCACCAACAUGUCUGUGUUUUAUCCCACCGUUCUGCUCUGCGUCUAUGGCUUCUUCUCCAGCCUCCGGCCGUCGGAGCCCUUUCUCACCGCCUACCUAAUGGGGCCGGAUAAGAACCUGACGGAGACUCAGGUGGUCAAUGAAAUCUACCCCAUAUGGACCUAUUCCUACCUCGUGCUUUUGUUUCCCAUCUUCCUGGCCACGGACUAUCUCCGGUACAAGCCCGUGUUGGUCCUUCAGGCCACCAGCCUGGUGGUGACCUACGCCAUGCUCUGGAAGGCCCGGGGCAUGGCGGCCAUGCAGCUCCUGGAGUUCUUCUUUGGGCUGGCCACGGCCUCGGAGGUGGCCUACUACUCGUACAUCUACAGCGUGGUGGAGCCGGCGCUCUACCAGCGGGCCACCGGCUACUGCCGCAGCGCCGCCCUGUUCGGCUCGGCCGCCGGGUCUCUUAUCGGCCAGCUCCUGCUCUCCGUGGCCGGGGUUGAACUGAUCCACCUGGUCAUCAUCACGUUGGCGUCCGCCGCUUUGGCCUUCGCCGCCCCUUGGUUUCUGCCCAUGCCCAAACGGAGCUUGUUCUUUCACACGGUCGCCGGAGAGGCGGAGGACAAACCGAGCUCGCCACAAACGGCGGAGGACCCGGAAACUAAAGAGCUUAUGAUUCCCAAGAGCCCCAAGGCGGAAGGCCGUAGCAGUGGUCUGGCCGAGGUGUUGCGGAUGCUGUUCCGAGACUUCGUCCAGUGCUACAAAUGCCGCCCCCUGCUGGCCUGGUCGGUGUGGUGGGCCCUGGCCACCUGCGGCUACUUCCAGAUCGUCAACUACGCCCAAGCCCUGUGGGAGGGCCUGGCCCUGUGUCUGCUCUCCUUCCUGAUGGCUGCCUGUGUGUUCCUCAUGGACCUGCUGGGCAACAUCUGGGUCUGCUACGGCUCCUACGUCCUCUUCCGGGUCACGUACAUGCUCCUCAUAACCGUGGCAACGUACCAGAUCGCGGCCAGCCUCAGCAUGCAGCGCUACGCGCUGGUGUUCGGGGUCAACACCUUCGGGGCCCUGCUGCUCCAGUCCCUGCUCACUUUCGUGGUGGUGGACUCGGCCGGCCUGGGCCUGGGCAUUUUCACCCAGUUCCUCAUCUACGGCGCCUACUUCGCCGUCAUCUCCGUGGUCUUUCUCCUGGCCGGGCUCUGCAAAAUGGCCGCCGGGAAACGCGCCGAGGAGGAGGAGGCGCUCCCCAACGGUCAAGCGGGACGGUGAAGGCCGGUCCCGGCGCCUCAACACACUCGGAUGGCGCCGACCGGCCCUUCGUAGUCGAGCACAGACAAUCCACAAGGUGGGGAACUAAAUGUACCACGCACAGUUCGAUUGCAGAAGGUAGAAAACGAAGGAUUAACAGAAACUUUAGAAUUAUGACAACGCAAGUCGCUUCAACAAAAUUCGAUCACGAGGUAGAAAUUUGAGCUCCACAAUUGGACACGUCUCGCCCACCACGUGCCUUUUUAGUUCCUUGCUUUUUUGGGAUCUCACAGAUGGGAAAUCUGUGGCAACACUGCCUCAUUUUAUAGUUAAAACCUCUUUUUUUUUUUUUUUUCAAGUAAUUACUUCUGGCAGGAAAUGUCUGAAACGAACGAGUUCAUUUCAACAUUUCGUAGAGAAAUUAGGCUUGUCCCGAUCCGAUAUUUGCAACAAAAAAAAAAGUGCGUAUGGGCCGGCAGGAGAAAAUGCAGAUCCAGACUCCCAAUCCAUUUAAAAAAAAAAAAAAAAUUCUUUAAGUCAGAUCCCACACGAGCAUUAGCAUCCUAACCAUUAGGUUAUUAUAAGAGUAAAUCCCUUUCAACAUGAGUCUGACAAUUAAGUAAGUAGAUAAAUAAUCUUACACUUUAAUACAUAAUAGGAUAAUAGGAAGUGCAAAAAGCUGGAUCGGGACAUCCCUAAGAGAAAUGUUGGUGAUUUUUUUAUUUAUUUAUUUGUCCCCCACCUCCAGCACACAUCGUCUGAAAUGACGAUUGCACCAGGUUGGUCUCCGUUCAUGCUGUUUUUUGCAGGUAAACUCUAUUACACAGCCCAUAGGUUGACACAGACUGAAGGUGGUUAGUGUUAGCAGAGCCGUUUGGGUUCUGGAAUUUAGGGAAAGUAGAAGAUUUUAGUUCUAAGGACUUAAUCUGCAGGGCCAAGAAGUUUGGGAAUGUGACGCUAUGGGCAUUCCUUCCAGCAAUUUGGGCCAGGAAAGCUUCACAGUGAGUUCUAUCACAAGAAAACAAUAGAGAGUCGCACAAUGAGAGGUAAAAAGUAAAAAGAGGCUGAAUCUUAUACAGUUUUUGUUUAAAGAACCUGACAGAUUUUAGGUUAAAAAAGAAAAAAAAAAGGCCUUUUCUGUGGUUUGGCAGUGGAAAGGGCUUCUUCUUUGUUGCCAUGACAGCAAGUAAAUGUUUGCCUCUGAUCACUAGAAUUCUUUUUUAGGAAAUAGUUUUCAUAUAAAAAAAAAUGAUGGAACAAUGCCUUAGCAUCACAUUUUUUUAUAUUUCCAGCCUGAAGAUGACUCAUAACUGUUCAAAAGAAGAAUAAGCUCCUCAAAGGGAUCUUUGAUUAUCUUUUUUUUUAAAGUGUAAGUGAGUUAACUGCAAACAAAGUGGAAGUCCGUAAAAAAUUCCGAUAUAAAAACAGAGGGGGAAACUCUAUAGGUCUAAAGAUUUAAACGCCUCACCACGUGUCUACACUGUGACGAGUAAUGUUAAAGUUGUCUUUAUUAGUUGCCUUUUUCCCCCCCCUUUUUAGUUUCUGAUGCUUUCGUUGUCUUAUCUCCGAUUUCUAUGCAGAUAUCUGCACGGAAACUGUUUUUAGAAGUGGAAAGUAUUGGUACACAAAGCAUAUCGAUGCGUGUUUUAUGGCACGAUGCUGCUGAGGUUUGAAUUUCGAACGGAUUUCGAUGCACAUUGCAUUACGAGCACCUUUUUGAUAUGCGUGCGCUGCUUUUAUCUGUCCCAGCUGCUAAUCUUUUUUUGUUUAAAAAAAAAAAAUCGUUUUAUAAUGUGCCUUAGAAUGGCCAAGAAAUAUUUAUUCUCCUACAUUAGAUGACUACAUACUCAACUCAUAAGCCUCAAGUCUGUAUUCCCUAAAAAACGGGGGACAUCUUUAGUAGCAAUAUCAGGUAACAAAGUGUUCAGCUAAGAAAGUGUUAAAAGAACGAAAUAAACGCACAAGUUUGCUUAAACGGUUAGAAAAUGUCGGAUGUUUCUCUGACAAGUCGGGGAGGGGUUGGGAUUACAUAUAUCCUGUUUUUGUUUUUUUUAAGUUGCCAUGUUCGACUCAACCUAAAGUCUGUGAAUACCUAAUAUGAAAUGCGGUUUAAGGGGUAAUGGAUAGAGUACAUUUCGUUUUUAUACGUACACACAACAGGUAGUUUUUCAGAGCACCACAGCUGUAAAAUCGGCUGCCGGACAAUUGCAAA